AUGUUUACAAACAACAAACAAUUUUCAACAAGAGAUCUUCAAAAUGAAUCCAUAUGGAAAAUUAAUAGCAAUGAAGAUGAGUUUAACUUUAUUGACUUAAUCAAAGGAGUGGCACCUUUAUCAUUGGCCAAGAUUAUUAACAACUCUUCAAAAAACAAAAGUAUAACACAAAACAUUAUUUCUGUUUUCUUAAAUAAUAUUUUCCUAGAUAUAGAACAAUUUAUAUGGUCACCUCGUUGUGACCAAUUUAUUUUAGAAGAAGAACAUGCUGCUUCUGGUCAAGAUGGAGUUCUUAAAUCUAUAAUAUUAGGGGAGGAAUGGUUACAAUAUUAUUCAGAUUCAAUUAUUUUUAACAACAAAAAACGUUUAGUUAAAUUGGUUAAAAUGUUUACAAACAACAAACAAUUUUCAACAAGAGAUCUUCAAAAUGAAUCCAUAUGGAAAAUUAAUAGCAAUGAAGAUGAGUUUAACUUUAUUGACUUAAUCAAAGGAGUGGCACCUUUAUCAUUGGCCAAGAUUAUUAACAACUCUUCAAAAAACAAAAGUAUAACACAAAACAUUAUUUCUGUUUUCUUAAAUAAUAUUUUCCUAGAUAUAGAACAAUUUAUAUGGUCACCUCGUUGUGACCAAUUUAUUUUAGAAGAAGAACAUGCUGCUUCUGGUCAAGAGGGAGUUCGUAAAUCUAUAAUAUUAGGGGAGGAAUGGUUACAAUAUUAUUCAGCAAGAAUGAGGGUUAGAGCUGGUCUGAUAUCUGCAAUUUAUCAAAAAUCACUUAAUCUUUCAAACAGCGCUCGUCAAAAAUCUACAGUUGGAGAAAUUGUAAACCAUAUGAGUGUGGACGCACAAAGAUUUAUGGAUCUAUGCACAUACCUACACAUAAUUUGGUCAGGUCCUUUACAAAUAUUCUUGGCCUUAUACCUCUUAUAUGAAACAAUGGGUGCUAGUAUUUUUGCCGGUGUUGGUGUUAUGUUAAUGAUGUUGCCUGUUAAUGCAUUUCUUGCUGGAAAAAUGAGAACUCUACAAAAGAAACAAAUGGUUAAUAAAGACGAAAGAAUCAGAUUAAUGAAUGAAAUACUUAAUGGAAUCAAAGUUAUUAAACUUUAUGCUUGGGAAUCCGCUUUUUUGAGAAAGAUCUUUCAUGUUAGGAAUGAUUUGGAGUUAGAAACUUUGAAAAAAUUGGGAUAUCUUAGCUCUUUACAAGUUUUUACAUGGUCAUCUACACCUUUCCUUGUUUCAUUUGCAGCAUUUGCUGUUUAUGCAUUGGUCUCAAAUCAACCAUUAACUUAUGAGGUUGUAUUUGUCGCUUUGACGUUAUUCAAUUUACUUCAAUUUCCUCUUUCCGUUUUCCCGAGCGUAAUUUCUUCUACUGUGGAAGCGUCUGUUGCUUUAAACCGCAUGGAAAAUUUUUUGAAGGCUGAUGAACUUGAUCCUAAAGCUGUAAUUCGUACCAAGCAAUUUGAUGCUUCGUCCGGAAAUAGAGUUGAAAUGGUUUCGGUAAAAAAUGGCAUUUUCAGUUGGUCAAAAGUAUUGGACCCUGUUUUAGAAAAUAUUGAUCUCAGUGUUAAAAUUGGAGAAUUGUGCGCUAUUGUUGGAAGAGUUGGCUCUGGAAAAACUUCACUAUUAUCUGCCUUGUUAGGUGAAACAGAAAAAAUAAAUGGAGAAGUAGUGGUGAGAGGAAGUGUAGCAUAUGUUCCACAAUCAGGUACAAUUUUCUUAUCUAAUGGAAAGAUUACUGAACAAGGAAAUUUUGAAUCUUUAAUGAAACAAAAAUUGGAAUUAUAUAAUUUGAUUAGCGAAUUUGAGACUCAUGAAAUUGGUAAACAAAGUCACGUUCAAAAACUGGAAGAAACCAGUCAAAGUCCUAAUGAAAGAAGAGUCAGUGUUGCAAGCAUUCACCGUCGACCAUCUCUUAUUACUGUUAGAAACAAAAAACAAGAUUUAGAAACCAAUAAAGAUGCCAUUAUUGUCAAAGAAGAAGCUGCUAAAGGAAGUGUCCAGUGGUCGGUUUAUAAAGCAUAUGCUGAAUCUUGCUCGACUCCUGCUGUAGUUUUCUAUUUGACUAUGUUGAUUAUUGCUCAAGGCGCUCAAAUCGCUGCUCGAAAGUUACAUGAAGAUAUGUUGAAUAGUGUUGUUAGAUCUCCAACAUCAUUUUUUGAUACAACUCCAUUAGGACGUAUUUUGAAUAGAUUUAGCAAAGAUCAGUACACUAUAGAUGAAGUUUUGCCAAGAACAUUUGCGGGAUAUUUUAGAACAAUAUUUUAUGUAUUGGCAACUAUUUUAGUUAUUGCAUUCUCUACACCAUUGUUUAUUAUUGUUAUUGUUCCAAUGAUAUUUGUAUAUCGGUAUAUCCAAGUUUACUAUUUAUCUACAUCAAGAGAAUUAAAAAGAUUGGAUUCAGUAACAAGAUCUCCCAUUUACGCACAUUUUCAAGAAACAUUAGGCGGCGUAACUACUAUAAGAGCUUAUCAGCAAACUGAUAGAUUUAUUGAAGAAAAUGAAAAUAGACUAGAUGAAAAUCAAAAGGCCUAUUUUCCAUCUAUAUCAUGUAAUAGAUGGUUGGCUGUUAGAUUAGAAUUUUUGGGUUCAUUGAUAAUAUUUUCCGCAUCAAUUUUAGCUGUUGUCACUUUAUUAACUACAGGAAAUAUUGAUGCAGGUCUUGUUGGAUUGUCUGUAACUUAUGCUCUUAGUGUUACUCAAGCUUUAAAUUGGGCAGUUAGACAAUUUUGUGAGAUUGAGACCAAUAUAGUAUCCGUUGAAAGAGUUAAAGAGUAUAUUGAAUUACCAAGUGAAGCACCUCUUGUUAUUCACGAUAAUAGACCUGCACCAACUUGGCCUCACAGUGGAUUAAUUGAAUAUAAUGAUUACUCGACUCGUUAUCGCGAAGGACUUGAACUAGUGUUAAAAGUUAGGAAAUCAAGUUUAACAUUAAGUUUGUUUAGAUUGAUAGAAGCUGUUGAUGGUGAAAUUAUAGUGGAUGGUGUUAACAUAUCAAAAAUUGGAUUAUAUGACUUACGUUCACGUCUUACGAUCAUUCCACAAGAUCCGAUUCUUUUUGAAGGUACCGUUGCUUUUAAUCUUGAUCCAUUUGACGCACACGAUGACGUUGAGAUUUGGCAAGUGCUUCAAAGUGCACAUUUAAAAGAUUAUAUUUUGAAGUUGGAGAAUAAGUUACAAGCCAAAGUUUUAGAAGGUGGCAAUAACUUUAGUCAAGGGCAAAGACAACUGUUAUGUUUAGCAAGAGCUUUGUUGAGGAGGUCGCCUGUUAUUGUGUUGGAUGAAGCCACUGCAAGUGUUGACGUAGAAACUGAUUACAAUAUACAAAACACCAUUCGUAGUGAAUUUAACUGGGCAACUUUAUUAUGUAUUGCUCAUAGACUAAGAACAAUUAUUGAUUACGAUAAGGUUUUGGUACUCGAUAAUUUUUACCUUUGA